GACCACAUAGUGUCGCUAGGACUAUUGAACAACCAGUAUCUCUACACGUGUUCUAACGAGGGAAAGCUAGUUAUCCGUGACUUAGUGAAUGAUGACGCCUUUGGCAGCUACAAAGUGUAUCUAAUCCUCAACCCCGUCUCCGACGUUCGGCUCCGUAUGGCUGUCCAUGAUCGCAAAAGAAUUACCGUCGCUAGCUGUGGCAAAAAUAGCGAACUCAAGUUGUACGAAAUCGACUCCAAUGAGAAAAAGGAAUGCUCGCGUAUCUCUGUAGUGCAGUCCGGAAACGUCCGUACCACAAUGGACCUUAACGUCAUCAGACCAUUACGCAGAUCUUUUACCACUUUGAACUUGGGUUCAGAAGUGAUCUCGCUUCCUUCUUCUAGUGGUGCGAAUAACAGACACGUCAGUGUCUUGACACCGUUCUGGACUUCGUCCACUUACGCUAAAGAUUUCCUCUACCAUGCCACUUCGUUGGAUGUGAUCUCCAGCUGGAUGAUUUCCGUUUGUAUCAUAGACGAAUACGUAGCAUGUGGAACCCAGUUUGGAAAGCUCUUGAUCUUCAGCGUUCUAGACGAUAUCUAUCCAAUAGAAACACUCACGUUGUCACAGUUUCCAAUUGUAAAACUACAUGCCAUCGAUUCAAGCUAUGUUAUUUUCGCCGAUUCUAUGUCUAAAGUGGGUAUAGUCAAACUUUCAAGUCUCAAAGUAGUUUCAUUCUUUGACAAUUUGAGAAUAGGACCCACUUGUUCCUUCAAAUUCGUGUUGCCCAGCAAUGUGGGUGACCGUAAAGUCAACGGAGACAUCCUCAAGUUUGACCCCAUCUAUGCUAUUUGUACUACUAUUGAUAAACGAUUGGUUAUUUAUAAAUUGUUUGAUGAUAAUACCCAUGAACUCUUGUUGGAGAUGAAUAUGGGAGACAUGACCAUUCCUGCCUUCAGUGUAAUGGGUGAUAAUGAUUACGAAACCUUUAACAACAUUUUUGGCGAACCUGAU